AAUCUAAGUCUAUAAAUACAACAUCCGAACAAUAACACUCUUCACUUAAAUCCCCCGCCAAACAAAAAAAAAAUGUUUUUUUCUCGUAACUUAGCCGUAUUCACAUUGCUGUCUUUCGUAAUAAUAUGCCAUGCCUAUCGUCAUGUACCAAACCCUAACGCAAAAGACGUUGACCUCCAACAGCAAAACACGAUCGCUUCUCACAACAAGGCACGGGCCGAGGUUGGUGUCGGACCGAUGACGUGGAAUGCCACGCUGGCAGCCUAUGCCCAAGACUAUGCGAACCAGAGGGCCAAAGAUUGCGCCAUGCAACAUUCCUCCGGACCGUACGGCGAGAACCUAGCCGCUGGUUACGGUCGCAUGAGCGGUCCUGACGCGACGGCUUAUUGGUUGACGGAGAAAGAUAAUUACGAUUAUGCCACUAACUCGUGCGUAGGGGACGAUGUGUGCGGCCAUUACACUCAGAUAGUGUGGCGUGACUCGGUCCGGCUCGGUUGUGGCUCGGUCCAGUGCGAGGAUGGUUAUGUUUUUGUGAUUUGUAGCUAUGACCCUCCGGGAAACUAUGUGGGUCAGCGUCCGUACUGACGAGAAGUUGAAACAUGAUGGUCUUGUGCUUUACAACAACAUUAAAAACGAAGUGAUUUUAUGUGCUAUGAAGAUGUAAUACAUUAUGAUAAUUGAUACAAAGAAUCAUUAGUUUCGAUAAGAUUAUUAUCUAUAUAUCCGAACACGCGAUAAUUUAUAUGAUAUUGUCUAAAGCCGAGCAUUUUAGAUUUUGGUUCGGAAUUUAGAUUUUUUGGUUCAAAACCUCUUAUAUAAUAGAUUCCAUUUUUAUUGACGAAAACAUUAAUUUUCUACAUGUUUUAGUGUUUUUGAUUGUUUUUAUAUUCGAUUUAAAUCCAGAUUUUUCAAUUUCGAAACGAUCAUAUACCCAGGGAAACAUGGAUCACAUGUAUCCCCAAGUAGAUCAAAGCAACCACC